AUGGAAAUGAACAUGCCAAUGAUGAACAGCAGCGAUUUGUAUGUCGAUUCGAAUGAUCCACUCUACUUGAAGCUUAUACGCGUAUUCUAUCCAGGAAUCUACAAGCCAACGGAUGAUGAAGUGACCGCCUGUCAGGCUGCUAACAGUCCCUGGGCAGACGCGAUCUCUUACGCCUGGUGGACCACAUAUUUUAUCGUAGCCGCCUUUGUGGUCAUCACGGUCUGCAAUGCCAUCAAACGCUUACACGCUCUCAACCGCUUUGUCAGAAUCAAUAGUGUUAUUGGCUUUUCUCCGCAACUUAGUGCAUUUACCCGCAUGCUUAGCUAUCCUCAAAGUGGAUGGUUAUUUGGGAUGAUUCCAAGUGCUGGUCCAAGUAUUUUGCUCUUCGGGUUUUUAAUCUUCAGUACUCUGGCUUGCUUCGUCCCUCGUCCCUACUACCGUCCACCCAACUUUGGAAGCCCUCCUCUUUCUCUAAGAUCGGAAUGGAUUGCGACGGCUAUGGUGCCUUGGUUGUAUGCAUUUGCAACUCGCAGAAACUUUGUGACCUAUUUUACUGGCGUUUCGUUGAAAGGUGUUAUGGUGAUGCAUAAGUAUGCGCCAUGGAUCUGUUUAUACAUGUCUCUGGUUCAUACUGGGGCAAUGAUCAUUCAAGCGAAGAUGAAGGGACCAUGGUCUUACACAUGGUCAACCGAUGAGUUCUACCGCAAUGGUUUUAUUCCACUCGUAGCAUUAGCAUGGCUAUGUGUCAUGAGCAUUGGACCACUCAGAUCUCGAUUUUACGAAACGUUUUAUUUCUUUCAUAUCAUCGCCGCCAUCACCUUCAUCGUUGGCAUGUACAUUCAUCUAGCAGAUUUAUUAAAUUCGUGGCAAUAUAUGCACGCGGCCGUUGUACUUUGGGGGGUUGCAAUUCUUUGGCGUGUAAUGGUUAUUUUAGUAAAUCACGGCUGGAUUUUGAAAGGCUUUGCCCAAGCCUCUAUCCAUUUCUUACCUGGCGAUAUGUUACGAGUUUCGAUUUUAGUUCCCGCAUCUCUUCAAUGGCGACCAGGAUCCCACGUUUAUAUCCGAUUCCUGUCGGUGUAUCCAUGGCAAUCCCAUCCCUUCACAAUUGCCUCACUGCCUAGUGACAUUCAAAGAUCAUCCGCAAGAGAAGAUAGCGAAGCGGCGAUGAAUGCCAAGCUGCCAUCCAGCAGUGAGAAGCCGAUCGACCUCGAUAUGCAAAAGAACGAGAUUGUGUUGUUGAUCAAACCUCUCAGUGGAAUGACGAAGCGACUCCUAUCACUAACGCAGAAGGCCGAAACGGGGGGUGCACAACUAGCUUGUAUCCUCGAUGGUCCUUACUCAGGAGUUUCGGACGAGGUUCGAGCUUGCGAUGUUGUGAUUAUGAUUGCUGGUGGUAGUGGAAUGUCCGGUCUGGUACCAUUGGCAUUAAGUUUACAAGGUCGAUCGAAGUUGGAGAUGCAUUGGGCAGUUAGAAAUCGAGUAGCACCUGAUUCUUGGUUUGACAAAGGAUGGAUGGAGGGUGCUGAUGUCAACAUCUAUGUGACUGGCAAAGAAGAAAAAGAGAAUUCAUAUCCUGGAGAUAGUGUUAAUGUGUGUGAGAACGCUCAGAGUUCAGAGACGCCAGUCAAGUCAACUAACGAACAAGACAUCGGUGUCACGAUUUCGGCCCCAGCUUCUGGAACCGAGAAAGAUCGUAAAUCGUCUGUGGCUGUGAUACAUCAUGGAAGACCGGAUGUAAGAUUGAUUGUGACCAGCUGUGUGAAUAAAUGUCACGGCCGAGUUGGUGUUGUUGUUUGUGGUCCAAGAAGUAUGUCAUUGGAAGUCAGAAAUGCGGUAGCCAAUGCUCAGAAGUUGAUUUUGAAAGGAAAGACGUUAUGCAAAGAAUUAGAAUUAUAUGAAGAAAGUUUCUCGGCUUGAAGUAAAGGGUUGAGUGAGAUUCAACAAGCAUCAUGACUGGACAGGAAAGGACAUGGAUUUUUAGCAUAUGAUAUGGUUUUCUUAAUGUGUUUGGUUUUAUUCGAAUUUUAAUCCUGUGAUUUUUUAUAUUUGUCUUAUGUUACUCUUCUGAGUAUAGUUUCUUUUUUGAAAGUUUCUUUUGUGUUGACUCAUUGAAUCUUAUAUGUGAGUUGACUUGCAUGUGAAUUCAUUGUGGUUUAGUUAUCCAUAAGUUUCUCUAUGGUAACUUGAAUGGAAAGGACUAUGUAUACGAUUUGAUUUGGUUAUGAGUGAACAGUGAAAUGACGCUAGUUGAUUGAU